GGCCGGGGGCGGGGUCGGGGCGCCGUUGUCGGCGGGAGGAAGAGGGAGGAGACGGGAAGCCUGACAGCGGCCGCCUCCGCCAGGCGCCUGCCGCCACCUCCCCUGAGACUGCAGCCAACUCGGUUGUCGAGUUCCCAGGCCCACCGCAGGCAGCUGGGACUCGGCCCUGCCCAGCUAGCGGGGUCGGGGUGGUGGGGCGCCGGCCUGCUAGGCUUGGCGCGGGAGGAGGGAGUCUAGACGCCUGGAACGUCCUGCGCCCCGCCUCCCUCGCCCCCGCCCGAACUCGGGGCCUGGGGAGCGCGAGGAAGUGCAAAGCGCAGCAGACUACGGAGAAGGAACUAGGAUAGGAAGUGCUGGGAUCGAGUUUGGUGUGGAGUUACCCGAAGAGAGCGAUUUUAGAAACACCUGCGUGGUAGCCGUUGACAUUCUUACUCAUCUUUUCAUCCACCCUUUGCCUCCUUUUCCCCUAUUUUUUUCUUUCCAUUUAUUUUUUGUGUUUUACAGUGAAGGCAUGAUUUCCCGGCACCGCAGGGAAAAUAGGGUGCAAGCCCAGAAACUAUUUCCCCACCACCACUUGUUGAAAAACUGAUUUGAAGGCAUCUCCGGGUUUGAACAAACGGAAAGUGCCAGGAGUUGAUGCUUUGGUUUUGUGCUGGAGACCCUUCACUACUAAGUAUCCAGACGAAAAAAACUGGAAUCUAAUCCGAACCAUACUCAAAGUCAGAAUGGAACGCUUUGUAGUAACAGCACCACCUGCCCGAAACCGUUCUAAGACUGCUUUGUAUGUGACUCCCCUGGAUAGAGUCACUGAGUUUGGAGGAGAGUUACAUGAAGAUGGAGGAAAACUCUUCUGCACUUCUUGCAAUGUGGUUCUGAAUCAUGUUCGCAAGUCUGCCAUUAGUGACCACCUCAAGUCAAAGACUCAUACCAAGAGGAAGGCAGAAUUUGAAGAGCAAAAUGUGAGAAAGAAGCAGAGGCCGCUGACCGCAUCUCUUCAGUGCAACAGUACUGCACAAACAGAAAAAGUCAGUGUUAUCCAGGACUUUGUGAAAAUGUGCCUGGAAGCUAACAUCCCACUGGAGAAGGCUGAUCACCCAGCAGUCCGUGCUUUCCUGUCUCGCCAUGUGAAGAACGGAGGCUCCAUACCUAAGUCAGACCAAUUGAGGAGAGCGUAUCUGCCUGAUGGAUAUGAGAAUGAGAAUCAACUCCUCAACUCACAAGAUUGUUGACUAGCAAAUUGCCAUCAUUGUGAUCAAGAUAAACAAUGUGGAGUAUUAAAGUUAUGUGUUAAUUGUGUGGUUCAUUUAUAUAUUUAUUUCAUUUAAAAUCAUGUGAUGCCGAAUAGUUUUACAAUGUGUAUAUAGUUGCAGACAAAAACAAAAACAAAAAAAAAAACCUCACUGCAAAACAUAUUGUUAAUUUUAGUCACCAAUGGUAUAAAUCAAAAUUUAGGUUUAGAGUGUGCUAGGAUACCUGAAACCUGAUGGUUAUCUUUGAAAUUGAUGGUUUUUCUCCUAAAAUGUUUGUGCAUGGAAGAACUGCCCUGCUUUAUUACCCUGUUGCCAUGUAUGAUUAUUCCUUGUGAGAUUACUUAAUUACUUGGAUUGAAGACCAGCCUAGGAAGUUGAAGCUGCUGCCAGGCAACACCACUCACAGUAACUUAAAGGAAUUAUUUCUGAUUAGAGGAUCCUCUUCAAAAAGGAAGGGGUGGUGAGAAACUAUUCUAAUAUCUUCAGAUCCCUAGCAGAAAUGACUGUUUACUUCAAACUAUGUUUUACUUGUAUGUGAUGUUACCUUAACUGUCCAGUUCCUCACUGAUUUCCCCUUUUCCAAAGGCUUAUUGUAGUUAGUAGCAGCUUCAAGUGACCAAAAGACUAAAAUCUCUUAAUGUCAGUGCCAAAACCUUGGGGAAUUUCGCAGUGACAAGAUUUUAGUCUUAUUCUGAAAACAUUUUUGAAGCAUAGCUUUCAUUUUAAGCAUCAUCUUGAUUUGCAAACUUUUAUGUCUGUGUUAAAAGACUGGCAUUUUAAUUUAAAAAGGUAGACAUUUUAUGGUUGAAUUUCUUUUUACAGAGUAUUAGUCAUUUUUGGCUAACCAAUCAGUUAAUAAGGAAACUGCUUUCUGUAUAUUUUUCCAUAAGAUUUUAUGGGUUUAUUUAGGUAAAUAGACUAGAAGCAAGUUUAUGUACUUUCACUUUUAUCUACUUUGCCUUUGGUGGUACAAGCUUUUUUUAAACAUGGAUGGUAAGCAAUUGUGUAGAUAUUUUGGCAAGAUUUUUGUUGUGGAGAUCUGGCAGUAUCCUGCAUAGCUCUUUGGGUGAGGAAAUAAUUCUGUUGAAGGUAAACCAUGUUCAGGAAAUGAUCUCUAUCUAAACCUCACUUUUCUAUAAGUUAUCAAAGUAACUUAGCCCAGCUAAGUCCUCUCUAUCAGAGACCCAAAUCAUAUUUUUUAAAAAUGUAACAGCUGAAAACUUGAACCUAGAGCUUUAAUUUUUAAGAAAUCUUAAAUUCUUUGAAAACAUUCAAAUUAAAAUAUUUAUAAAGUAUAUUUCUAUUACAAAGCACUGACAAUGCCCUAUAUGAUUAUCUUUUGAGGUCAUUUUACCACAGAUCUUCAUUGGGAAAAGCCAAAGUGAAAAAGUUUAGAUUUUGUAUUUUCAGCAACUUUCCAUGUCUUAAGUUUCUUUGGCAGACUUAAGUUCCUAAUUCAGAUUAUUAAAGAGGUCAUCUAAUUUUAGAUUUUCUGUUUUAUUUAAAAAAAUAAGCCUGCCACACAUACAAAUCACUUGUCCAAAUUUGACCUAUUAGUUUUUCGCAAGUUUAUUUUUGUUAAUGUAGCACAAUAAAUGCCUACAGUAGUGCUCUCCUUGGUAAAGCACAUUCAUGAGGUGAGCAGCAAAACAAGCAAAGUGUGUUUUGCUUUUAUUUUCUCUAGAAAAGAAUUUGCAGGCAACCAUGUUUAAUUCAAAUUAUCUAAGAUAGUAGAAAACCUUAAAAGCUAGGAAAGUGAGUUUUAUAGCACUAUUUUCAGACUACAGAAAUAAGGUUAAAUAUACAGUGAUUUUGAUCAAAAUUCUAUGUGAUUCAGACUGCUCCCUUUCGUUCAGGUAUUUGCACUAACAGCAGACACUAGUGGCAGAAACAAAUUUAGUAGUCCUAAGCAAUAAACUGGAUGAAGUUGCACUAGAAAAACAUUAAUUCACACUUCAGUUUUAGCAGUUAUUGAUUUUAUCAUUUAGGUUCCAUAUAUCUUCACAUAUUUCCAGGCUCCUAACUUUCCCACAGUCUAUCUAGGGGCAUAGUCCAUUUACCUGUUAGGAUUAUAUCAUGUCCUUAGUCAUGUUUUCCAUCCUGUUGUAGGGGGUUGAUACUAAUGUUUCUUUAGUGAUUAUGAAACUUAUCCCUGAAACUAGUUAACUGUCUCAUAGUUAAAUAAGGCAGAAUGAUUAUUUUAGCCUGCUCAGACUGGUACAGAUCCAUGCAUCCAUGAUUGGCUUAUGUUAGAUGAGGAGGCAUAUGCUGCUUGGAGGUGUAAUGAACAUGUGUGUAGAAGCUUUCAAUCUUAACUAUAUAGCGUUAGUGUGAUACUAUACUAUUGGAAAAGUAAUAAUCUUUUUCUGUUUUAUAAGUUGUAUGCAUAAACAAGAUUUGUAAUGUUUUCAUUUAUAAACUGCCUUCAACACGUGCUUACCUGUUAAUAGUGUUUUCUCAAAAUAUGGUAGUCUGUCUUCCAGAUUUUCACUAUAUGUUUGUAGUAUAAAUAGUUCUAGCUUGUUGAAAUGUUAAAUUUCUUACUGGUUUCUUUUUUAUUUGAUGGGGCAUAUAGCAAGCCUGAAGGACAUGUAAUCAUUUUUUUGCAGGGUGAAAAUUUAGAAAGAUUGUGUAUGAGAGCCUGUAGAGUUUAUCCAUUAUCAUCUUU